AUGGAUUCCAGCGCCCAUAAAUUCUAUCCUGUACAUGGCGUUGAUUCUAGAGAACUUCUGGAAACAUAUUUUUCUAACAAACCAGACAUGACCUUUGGAGACGAUUCAAUUAAAUUUCCAAUGGAAUGUUUACACCGUGCAUUCAGUGAGGGUUACAUUAAGGGAGACCUUUUGAUUGACAUCAGUUUUGGAUCCUUCAUUCAUCAUCUCUAUACAGCCAGUGGAUAUUUCAAACAGAUCAUUGUGCUGAAGUGCUCUGAGCGAUGUAUUAUGGAGCUGAACAAAUGGAUUAACACACGUACCGGAGCAUUUGAUUGGUCUCACGUAAUGGAAUAUAUUAAAUGUCUAGAAGGAAACAGUGACCAGUGUCAGGACAAACAUAUGACAUUGAAGACGGCAAUAACAAACAUCAUGAAAUAUGUCAUUGACAAUGAGAAUCUCACAGACCCGGAGGUGCUCCCACCAGCAGACUGUGUCAUCAGUGCAUGGAUUUUGGAUUACAUCAGCAAAGACGAAGAUGAUUAUAUAGGGAAUUUCAGAAAAUUUGUGAAGCUGCUAAAACCUGAAGGACACCUGAUAUUGUUGGGGAUUUUAAAUACAACUUAUGCGAUGAUUGGGCAGGACAAGAUACAUGUGUUCAAAUAUGAUGAGAACUUUGCAAUAAAAGUUCUCACUGAUGAAGGAUUUGUCAUUGAUCACUGUGCAGUCCAGAAAAGAACAUCAGUGAUUGACCAUAUAGACUAUGAGGCUGUUAUAUUUAUCACAGCUCACAGAGAGUAAUAAGGGCCUGAUUCUGAGUCACAUGCUGUGUCGGGUGCAGUUGAGCAUUUUCUUUAUACUGUGCAUGUGUCUAAAUUGCACUGUGUAUACAUCCUGAUUGUGUUUGUACAGAGAUGAUGUAGCGCUGACACACUUAGAAGUGUAUUGAAAAUGCAUUGGGUUUUCCCAGGGGUGGUUUCAGAGAGGAUGGGGCCCGUGUGCAGCUUCUGUGUGGGACACCUCCUCUCUGGCAGUGCAGUAGACUCUGGCUUUGUGCCUUAAUUUACUCUGCAUGCACAGGUCUCUGGGAACAUGGCACCUGCGCCUUGUUCCCAGGGAAAAUCUCUACUGUGCGUGCGCAAAUCACAAGGAUAAUGGCCAUGGUGGACACUUUCACAGUGAUUUCUGCAGCUCUGCAGCCAGUGCGGGGAUAGGGGAGUGAUAAGUAUAAUUAUAUGGGUGCAGGGUGUGCGGUGUGUGGGCUUGAAAACAGGGGGCGUGGCUCA